AUGGUUAAAGGUAGUACGGUAAAAUAUCAACACGUUCAACACGUACUAUUAAAGAUACUUCAAUUUGCUUCAUUUUCAGGAAUUGCAGAGGUUUUCAAUGAUGAAGGCAGUAAAGGUUGCGACAAAAGAGACUACAGCUACGCCGUUUACUUUUAUACUGAGGGGAUUAAAGUGAACUGCAAGGACAAGGAUCUGAUGGCUGAACUGUACAGCAACAGAGCACAUGCACACCUUUUUUUGGGUGAGGCUGUUUGUAUUUUCCAGGGUUUAGUGGGUUGCGUACUUGUAGGACUUUCAAUUAAUUGCUAUCAGGUGUUGUGCUUGUUCAAAGCCCCCACUGUUGUUUCGAUACAGAAAGGAACACUGAUAAGGUGUUGUUUGAUUUAUUGACCAGGCCUGUUGACAACGCAAGAAAAGAAAAGAAUAUUUUAUUUGGAGUCUUAUACAAGCUAGUUCAUAAACGUUUUGAAUUUCCAAAUGAUUCAAAAUUACAAAAUAUACUGGUCAUUGAUUCAGUACACUACGAUACGCGGGGGUGGGGGCAUUAUCUAUACAUGGAAGCUCCCCCCGAAAGGGGGAAUUUUUUCAGGCUCCAGGUAUAUCAAAUAGAAAAGAAUUUGCGAAUUAAUUAUGUAGAGGGGUAGAAACAUGACUUUAUCAUUUGAUCGUUUCGAUGAAACCAGCGUUAUCAUCGGCUAGGUCAUUUCAAUUUAUUGCUGCCAAGACGACUUUCAGUCACUAAGUAAACAUAUUCUUUGUAUGUUGAAGGGGUACUAUUUUUCAAUGGAAAGAAAAGGUCUACCUUUUGUGUUAGGGUAAGGGGCCGGCCGGCCGGACCUCGGGUCGGAGCCCUCUCGUAUGAAACUUUGUUGAGAGAUUUCCCAGUUUCUUUUUUUCAUACUUACGAAGGCUAACCCGCAUUAACCGAUUUUAUUUGCUUUGAAUUUUGUUUUGCCUUGCCGCACCUGUUGUGACUUAUUUUGGGUUUGUUUUUUAUUUACACAUUAAUUUUAAAGGAAAUUACAGUGACUCACUGAGGGAUGCAAAAGAUGCCACUGACAUACGGCCAUUGUUGGUAAAAGCCAUGGUAACAGGUAAUUGUAAUGUUACCCUAGUCUCGUUUAGAAACAGUGAUAGGCUUACCGUGAUAAUGUCAUUACGUUUAAAGAGUUCGCAUCAUCAGGAUCUGAGACACAGCACCCUUGCGUAUUUCAUGGUUUGGUUUUAGAAAGAUUUUUGAGACUGAACUUUAGGGGUUUGAUUAGUUUUAGUCUCAACGUGGUAGUUAUAGUGUCCAUGUUUACGGUUGCUUGAAAAAGGGAAUAUAAAGCGUAUAGCGUAUUUAAUAAGAGUAUAGACAAAAGAAAUCAGACGCGAUUUGUUUUUCUCUAUCUCUUGGGCUCGAUUUUCCAAGAAACUUUGCCGGAAAGUGGACCUAAUAAUUGUUAAUGUUAUUGUAAAAAAAGCCAAACAGACAGCAAUUUGAUGGUGCGCACUCCUAUAGACUAUUAGAAAUGACGUGAACAAAAUGUUCAAAACUUUGCAGUGAAACCACUCAUCUGCGGCUCGUGAUUUCACUUGAGUUUUGAACGUUGUGAGGUCACUUCUAUGGUCAGGAACCCACAGUAGUCAUGGGUUCCUGCUAUGGUUCAUAGCAGUGUUGACCAUAGAAAAUUGUUGUCCGCGAACGUUUGUUAAUUUCUUCUCAGAAACUGAUGGAUACGCCCAAAGGAUGCCAGUUUUGAGGGAGCUCUACUGUAUGCUGCAGUUUUACUGAAUUAUAUAUUUACAUAUUUCAGGAGCUAAAGCCUCUUUGAAGAUGAAUAUGUCUGAAAAGGUGAUCGCGUGGUGUGAAAGAGGAUUAGAAGUAUCCUUAUGUUCAUACUUUUUAAGUCCAUAGUAAGAAGGUGUUGCAGCGUACUAUACUCAUCACCAUACAUUCCCGGUUAUAAAAUAAUGUUAAAAUGCUUGCCAAUUUCUUCACCCCUUACUUCCCUACGAACUAGGUUGCAAAAAGAACUUUAUGUGUUUUCUCACCUUCCAUGAUUCAUAUGUGGAAGUAAAAGCAGGAAAAAGAUAAGUCACUUUUCUAAACAUAGAUGUACAUGACUGUUAUAGACUAACCUCUCUUUUGAGUAAAGGAAGCAUGGAGGAAGGCCAAGGUCAAGUCUAGUUUCACUGUUAACACCUUAACAAUUUUUUAAGGUUGACUAGGAAAACCAAACCUUGCUGGAACUGAGGAAACAUGCGUUAACAUGCGCAGAAAAAGAAAACACCCGUUUAGGAAAUACAGUCAUCGACAACAAGGUGUCUUUCUUUAAAAUAAACGUUUUUGUUUGAUUGUCUGCCAUAUAGAAAUUCUCUUCAUAUUUGACACAGCUGAGUUUAGUCAAAGGGAAAACUUUGUUAAGGCGAUUGGUGUGGCGGAUUUAGUCAUAUCUUUUGGCUGGAGUUUAACCACACAUGAAGAUCAAUCGUCAUUCUCUAAUAAUAAUAAUAAUAAUAAUAAUAAUAAUAAUAAUAAUAAUAAUAAUAAUAAUAAUAAUAAGAAAACCUUCAUUAAUUUAUACGGCUCAGGGUAGCCCCUUCAGACCCAAAAAGCUGUCUGUUAUCAAUGGGAGCCCUGAGCAACAACGCACACACACUAAACAUAUAAACAUUACACUAAUACAGGUAAUAAUAUAAAUAGAAAACUAUUUUCAAGUAAAAGAUUAAAAGAUGUAAAACACGAAAUAUCAUUAAGAUAAUUCGUUAAAAAGCUUCCGCAGAUGUAAUUUACUAAUAUGACGUUAAUAAAUCGCGCAGAGGGUUCAGAUAGAUGAGUUAAGGGAGCCCAUGGAAGCCAAUAAGGCUUACGACAAAAAGGGUAUUUUUUUUCAUGUUAACUGAAAAUACAACUUGCUGUCUAAGUUACAUUUGUGAACGGUUUAAACGAAUUGAUACUGGCUACAAUCUUUGGAAGACGUCGUGGCCCGUUUUUCGUACGAGACGUAAAUACAAACAUAAGACAACAUUUACCUAGUCCCCAGGCUUCAUUAUUCCGCGCAGCCAAUGCGUUUCAGGUCAUGUGGUACGAACGAAUUCGAACGAGUCUGAACGUUAUUCGUCUCGCUUACGUCACCGAAAUGCAUUGACCGAGAACAAACUAGCUAGGCAAAGAGAGCAACGAGAACAAUCGAUGUAUCAGUUGUUUUGGUAUUUAAGUGCCAAUGUAGCUUUGGGAGUCUAUUUCAAAAAUUCCCUUGAAACUAAGUAAUGACAAUUUUGGGCCCAAAACCCUUUUAAAGUUUCAGCCCCUUACUCCAUGCUACACCUGAAAAUUAAACUAUUUUGGCAGCAGUUUUAAGUUAAAAAAAUUAUUAAUAAUAAUAAAACAGUCGCAACUUGGGGCUUCAAGAAUUUUUAUGAAUAAACAGUUAGCUACAGCUUGCAUUAUACUUUCUCACCGGCUUUUUCAUGUCACACACAUUCUCUAGAAUGAUCUCCAUACGUUUCCGUAAAGAAUUAGUUAUAAGAAUUUGAUAAAAGAUCUAAGCAUUUCCCCUUUGGUGAUUAUUCAAUUUAUCAAUUUUUAUAACCUGUUGUCUUGAUGAAGUAUUGAUAAUGUUGAGAGAAAAAAAAAUUUGCUUCCAUUGCAUAAUCUCGACCACUAUUAUUAUUAUUAUUAUUAUUAUUAUUAGACGGCAGACGAUUAUAGACAACUUUUAAUACUGUCGCCGGAAGUUUUUAAAAAGUUUUAUAGAAAUUAAGAUAUUGUUUAAAUUUUCUAGUCUUUCCAAAAAAGCAAAAGCAAACAAGGACUACACAGCAGCACUUUCAAAGAGGAUGGCAUGGACAGUUAUGACCUUGCAAUCAAAGCAUUGAAAAGAGGUGAUUUUAGAGCAGCCCGGGAUUAUUUUGAGUUAGAAUUCAAGCAGGCCAAAAAGAACAAAGAAAUGGAUAGGGAAUACAAAGCAUGUAUGAACCUUGGCUGUGCUUAUGACUCUCUCGGGCAGUUCCGAAAAGCAAUCGAAUUCUUUGAGCGGGCUCUUGGUAUCGCAGAAGAGACUGGAAACAAAGAUUCAGAAGGAAGAGCAUAUUUAGACCUUGCCGGUGCUUAUGGCUCUCUCGGGCAGUUUCGAGAAGCAAUCGAAUUCUUUGAGCGGGCUCUUGGUCUCUUAGAAGAGACUGGAAACAAAGAUUCAGAAGGAAAAGCAUAUUUAAACCUUGGCAAUGCUUAUCACUCUCUCGGGCAGUUCCGAAAAGCAAUCGAAUUCUUUCAGCGGGCUCUUGGUCUCUUAGAAGAGACUGGAAACAAAGAUUCAGAAGGAACAGCAUAUUUAAACCUUGCCAGUGCUUAUGGCUCUCUCGGGCAGUUUCGAGAAGCAAUCGAAUUCUUUGAGCGGGCUCUUGGUCUCUUAGAAGAGACUGGAAACAAAGAUUCAGAAGGAAAAGCAUAUUUAAACCUUGGCAAUGCUUAUCACUCUCUCGGGCAGUUCCGAAAAGCAAUCGAAUUCUUUGAGCGGGCUCUUGGUAUCGCAGAAGAGACUGAAAACAAAGAUUCAGAAGGAACAGCAUAUUUAAACCUUGGCAAUGCUUAUCACUCUCUCGGGCAGUUCCGAAAAGCAAUCGAAUUCUUUCAGCGGGCUCUUGGUAUCGCAGAAGAGACUGAAAAGAAAGAUUCAGAAGGAAAAGCAUAUUUAAACCUUGGCAAUGCUUAUCACUCUCUCGGGCAGUUCCGAAAAGCAAUCGAAUUCUUUGAGCGGGCUCUUGGUAUCGCAGAAGAGACUGAAAACAAAGAUUCAGAAGGAACAGCAUAUUUAGGCCUUGGCAGUGCUUAUGGCUCUCUCGGGCAGUUUCGAAAAGCAAUCGAAUUCUUUGAGCGGGCUCUUGGUAUCUUAGAAGAGACUGGAAGCAAAGAUUCAGAAGGAACAGCAUAUUCAAACCUUGGCAAUGCUUAUCACUCUCUCGGGCAGUUCCGAAAAGCAAUCGAAUUCUUUCAGCGGGCUCUUGGUAUCGCAGAAGAGACUGAAAACAAAGAUUCAGAAGGAAAAGCAUAUUUAAACCUUGGCAGUGCUUAUCGCUCUCUCGGGCAGUUCCGAAAAGCAAUCGAAUUCUUUCAGCGGGCUCUUGGUAUCACAGAAGAGACUGAAAACAAAGAUUUAGAAGGAACAGCAUAUUUAGGCCUUGGCAAUGCUUAUCACUCUCUCGGGCAGUUCCGAAAAGCAAUCGAAUUCUUUGAGCGGGCUCUUGGUAUCGCAGAAGAGACUGAAAACAAAGAUUUAGAAGGAACAGCAUAUUUAGGCCUUGGCAAUGCUUAUCACUCUCUCGGGCAGUUCCGAAAAGCAACCGAAUUCUUUGAGCGGGCUCUUGGUAUCGAGAAGAGACUGAAAACAAAGAUUCAGAAGGAACAGCAUAUUUAAACCUUGGCAAUGCUUAUCACUCUCUCGGGCAGUUCCGAAAAGCAAUCGAAUUCUUUCAGCGGGCUCUUGGUAUCGCAGAAGAGACUGAAAACAAAGAUUCAGAAGGAAGAGCCUAUUCAAACCUUGGCAGUGCUUAUGGCUCUCUCGGGCAGUUCCGAAAAGCAAUCGAAUUCUUUCAGCGGGCUGUUGGUAUCGCAGAAGAGACUGGAAACAAAGAUUCAGAAGGAACAGCAUUUUUAAACCUUGGCAGUGCUUAUCACUCUCUCGGGCAGUUCCGAAAAGAAAUCGAAUUCUCUGAGCGGGCUCUUGGUAUCUUAGAAGAGACUGGAAACAAAGAUUCAGAAGGAAAAGCAUAUUUAAACCUUGGCAGUGCUUAUCACUCUCUCGGGCAGUUCCGAAAAGCUAUCGAAUUCUGUCAGCAGGCUCUUCGCAUCGUGGGGAAGACUGGAAACAAAGAUUUAGAAGGAGAAGUGUGUCUUACCCUUGCUUUUGCUCACUGCUCUCUCAGGCAGUUAGAAAAAGGAAUCGAGUUCUGUAAGCAGGCUCUUGGUAUCGCAAAAGAUACUGGAAGCAAAGAUUUAGAAGCAAGAACAAAUCAGGGCCUUGGUAGUUUUCAUCUUUAUCUCGAUAAUGUCGAAAAGGCAUUCGAAUUCUUAAAGCAGUCUCUAAAAAUCGCAAAGGAGACUGGACAAAAAGUUUAA